UUACGCGCGCAGCAGCUGCGAGGAGCCCGGCAGCCACGCUCCCCGGUGCGCCGCUCGCCCGCCGAGCCACCACGGCCGAGGGCCGGCUGCGAGGCGCCGCAGUCCCUGGCGGGCGCGCCCAAGGAGCAGGCGGCGAUGCGGGCGCCGACCCGGGCUGGGGGGCGCCCGAGCUGCCGCGGCUGCGCCCGGGCUCCAGGCAGGACCGCGUAGCUCGCGGGAGGACCAUGGCGUCCCCGGCGCUGGCGGCGGCGCUGACGGCGGCGGCGGCGGCGGCGGGCCCCAACGCGAGCGGCGCCGGAGAGGCCAACGCCUCGGGGGCUGCCUGGGGGCCGCCCCCCGGCCAGUACUCGGCGGGUGCCGUGGCAGGGCUGGCGGCCGUGGUGGGCUUCCUCAUCGUCUUCACCGUGGUGGGCAACGUGCUAGUGGUGAUCGCCGUGCUGACCAGCCGGGCGCUGCGUGCGCCGCAGAACCUCUUCUUGGUGUCACUGGCCUCGGCCGACAUCCUGGUGGCCACGCUGGUUAUGCCCUUCUCGCUGGCCAACGAGCUCAUGGCCUACUGGUACUUUGGGCAGGUGUGGUGCGGCGUGUACCUGGCGCUAGACGUGCUCUUCUGCACCUCGUCCAUCGUGCACCUGUGCGCCAUCAGCCUGGACCGAUACUGGUCCGUGACGCAGGCCGUUGAGUACAACCUGAAGCGCACGCCGCGCCGCGUCAAGGCCACCAUCGUGGCCGUGUGGCUCAUCUCAGCCGUUAUCUCCUUCCCGCCGCUCGUCUCGCUCUACCGCCAGCCCGAUGGCGCCGCCUACCCGCAGUGCGGCCUCAACGACGAGACCUGGUACAUCCUGUCCUCCUGCAUGGUCUCCUUCUUCGCGCCGUGCCUCAUCAUGGGCCUGGUCUACGCGCGCAUCUACCGCGUGGCCAAGCUGCGCACGCGCACACUCAGCGAGAAGCGCACGCCUGCGGGCCCCGACGGCGCGUCCCCGACGACGGAGAACGGGCUGGGCGCGGCGGCGAGCGCGGGCGAGAACGGGCACUGCGCGCCC